AUGGCGGAGCUGGAGGUGGGGCAGCACUGCGGCGUGCCCGAGUGCCGCCAGCUCGAUUUUCUUCCCUUCGUAUGCGAUGGCUGUUCAGGCAUCUUUUGCCUUCAGCACAGGAGCUGGGAUGCUCAUGGGUGUUCUGAGGUGAAUAUAAGAAACAGUUCUGUGAAACCUGAUCAGCACAGAUCUUACCCAUGCUCAUACAAGGACUGCAAUGGAAAGGAGCUUUUGCCAGUGUUGUGUCCUUACUGUGAAAAACAUUUUUGUCUCAGACAUCGUCAUCAAUCAGACCAUGAAUGUGAGAAGCUGGACACACCAAAACCUCGAAUGGCUGCCACCCAGCAGCUUGUUCAACAUAUUAUAGAUUCUAAAAAGAGUGACGAAGUGAAAAGCAAAAAACGUAAAGGAGCAAAAAACAGUGAGACAGCAGCAAAAGUGGCAUUAAUGAAACUGAAAAUGCACGCAUGUGGGGACAAGUCCUUGCCUCAGACAGAAAGAAUUUACUUUCAAGUAUUUUUACCAAAAGGGAGCAAAGAGAAAAGCAAACCCAUGUUCUUUUGCAGUAAGUGGAGUAUUGGCAAAGUAGUAGAUUUUGCAGCUUCCUUAGCAAGCCUUAAAAAUGACAACAACAAAUCAACGUCCCAGAAACUGAGAUUAUGCCAUACUGCCUCUGGAGAAGCCUUGCCAUUUGAGCACACACUGGAAACAUGGCUAUCUGAUAAAGACUAUCCACUGUACAAUGGAGGGAAUAUAAUUCUGGAGUAUCUUGAUAAUGAUGUUCUAUUUAUAGAAGAUACAGAAUCCUACUUUAGUUAGUCAAUAAAUUUUUACAAAAAUAAAAAAAAUCCAGUAUUUUUUAGAAGCAUGGUAUUAAAAAGCAAGUCCAGUGUUCUUUUAAAAUCACUGGUAUGCCAGAAUCUGUCUUCCAUUGUAAAGACACAAUUUCAAUCAGUUUCUCAGUUGCUUGACUGACAGAAGAACUAUGUCCUGAAGGGAAAAUUAUAAUAACUAAUAUUACAGGUAUUCACAUUCUAGAAUAAAUUCUUGCUCUAUUGAGCUGUAUAAUAUCAAUAUUU